CUGGCUGAAGUUGAAGGGAUCGAGGUAUCUGAUGAAGAUGUCCAAUCAGAGGCCGACAGACUGAUCGGGUUGUCCAGCGAAGAAUCAGAGCAGGCCAACCUGGAAAACUUGCAGCAAUUCUUGGGGCUGGAUUCCACCCGCGACAGCAUUCGAUCGUCUUUGCACAGCAAACUGGUAAUGGACCGUUUGACGGACAUUGCGCUCGGGAACCUGGAAGACGAAUCAGUUGAACCAACGGAAGAAGAACGCGAGAGCGAUGUUGAUACCGAAGACGCCGAUGCAGUUGAAGCAACGGGUGUUGCCGACACCGACACCGCCAAUGAAUCCGACGACGAGCCUCAAGCCUGA